GAGACCCGUUGCUGCUGCAGAAGAGGAGUCGUCCUGAAAUAAAACAGAUUAAGGAAACGCUUCUUCCAUCGACUUCAUUCCAACCAAGAGCUGCUCUAGAGAAAGAUUCCUUGCCAGGCCAAGACUAGUUUGUUCUAGAAAGAACCAACUUCAUUCAGCAUGGAUAUCCCUAGCCAAUUUCUGGGUCUACUUUUCCUCAUGGUACUUAAGGCAGAAUCCAUGAGAUUGGGAUGUGACCAGGAAUCUUUGACAGAAGAAGGCCAUGAUGUGGAUUGGGGGGGAUAUGGCAGCAAUUUAGAAGCUCCUUCUGUAGAUCAGUCGUGGUCAGAGGACAACUGGAGUGAUACUUGGUAUAAUGACAAGGAAACAGUUCUACUGGAGCCUGGUGAGACUGCAACCUUCUCCUUCACUUUUGGGGACCAACAAGCAUCGAAGUACGUGGAAUACAAGAUCUCCAGUCCUAGAACUCUUUCUUCUUCUUAUUCAUCUCUGGUGUUCAGCUGUGACAUGAAGUCUCUGUGGAAUUCGUCAGACUGCAGCAGUGGAAAACUGACGGUUGGUUACGGACAAAAGACCUUAAGACUUUGCAGUGAGGCUCAUUCCUUGAAGGACGAACAGGCCGGAGGCUUUCUGAAGAUUUUAGCUGAGAAUAAACUGCCGUCUUAUCAUGGAAACAUCCACUGCAGAAUUUACGCUAAUUCCUGUGGGAAAAGGAACACGAAAAGAAUUAUUGGAGGAAAAGAGACGCUGCCCCACGAGUAUCCCUGGCAAGUGGGACUUUUUUCCAGUAAAAUGUCGCCUAAUAUAUUUUGUGGUGGAUCCAUCAUUGGCCCUUAUCACAUCCUUACAGCUGCGCAUUGCAUCUACAUACCAAACCAAAUAUACGGGUCAAGUUUUCGCCCAAUGGCGGUUUUCGGGUUGCAUGACUACAGGAAGCCAUCAGCUGCAACCAAGUACCUCAACAUUGCUAAGAUGACACUUCACCCAGCAUAUGGCAACGAAACCCUUCAAAAUGACAUUGCAAUUCUCAAAACGGAACAGCCAAUCCCUUUCGAUGUCAAGAACACAGUUUCACCAAUAUGCCUACCCGAAGACCCAAACAAUAAGUACGACAACACUGAGGUCUCCAUCUCUGGAUGGGGAAUAACGAUUGGAAGUAAUAAUACCUCUCACUCACCUGUUCUUCUUCAUGCUGUGACGACAACAAUCACCAAUGUAAUGUGCAAAAAGAUGCUCGGUCCAAAGUAUUUCAUUUCUAAUGAGAAAAUUUGUACUCUAGCCUCUGGAAAAGGACAAGGUUUGUCCUGCUCGGGAGACUCAGGAGGCCCACUGAUGUACCAGCAUGGAAGCCACGUGGAUCUGAUUGGAAUAAAUUCUUCGGGGCCAGGAGGAUGUCCUAGAGAAUUUCCAGAAUUAUUCACUCGAGUUACGAGUUACUUGGAUUGGAUCAGGCACGAGAUGGAACAACCAUGAAUUCCACAUUGUCCUCACUGAUGCAGUGUAACAAUUUUCUGCUAUGCAAUGAAGAUGUAAAAUCUUCCUGAAUUCCACAUUGUUUUCACGUCUGCACUAUAACAAUUUUCUGCUACGCAAUGAAGAUUUAAAAUCUUCCUGAAUAAAUUU